CCUUAGCCUCGUAGAUCUAUUUAGAUCGUCUGGUGUAGCGAAUAAUAACGUAGACAUCUAUAUAUGUUAUUUUUCUUGUGCAGUUUUAUAUGCCUUACUAAGUUUAGAUAUAGAUCACAGUAUGAAUCGAUCCAAGCUGUGGACAUGGAUGUCCACUUUCAUCUUUAUAACAUGGACAACAUAUGCCUUGGCUCAAACGACGUCGGCGACAGCAGACUGCGGUGGUCAGCUAAAUUCGACUUAUGGGAUAAUCAAAUCGCCUGGCUAUCCCAACAACUACCCUAACUCUUCUAAUUGUCGAUGGACCAUAACAGCAAACGUUGGACAGGUGGUCGACUUAAGGUUUUACCGGAUAGACUUGGAAGGGCUCAACACUUCAUGCUAUGAUUCUGUCCAAGUGUAUGAUGGAGAAACACAAAACUCCUCACCUCUCACUCAGCUGUGUGGAGCCAUGAGUCAGGCAGAAGUCUCCAACGUUAGAAUAAGAUCUACAGGAAACAAGCUUACCGUUGUCUUCCAGUCUGACUACGAAGGAACUAGACAAGGAUUUAUUGCAACUUACUCGGCAAUAGAAUGUCCUGCAUUCACCUACGGUCAAGACACCUGUAAUCAAAUGUGCAGCUGUGUCAGAAAUAACUCUAUUGUCUGCAACUCUGUGACAGGGGCGUGUGUCUGUAAGGAUGGCUGGAGCUCAGCUACUUGCAACAUAGCUAAAUGCAAAAUCAACAGUUCGUGUAGAUAUCUUUGCACUGUCACUAAUACGAAUCCAUGGACUGAGCAAUGCUCUUGUCCUAAUACUAUGAGAACAGUGUCCAACAGCAGUGGAGUCUUCUGUUUAAACUAUUACGAUUGCAAUUCCAGGAUAAGGGAGACCUCUGGUAGUCUGACAAGUCCUGGUUAUCCUCUAGGUUAUGAAAACAAUGUCUUAUGUGAAUGGCGGAUUAUAGCCAGUGUCAACAAUCGACUUUACAUAAGUUUUUCAGACUUCAGCCUUGAAGCACACUCAACUUGCAUUUGGGAUUAUGUUGACAUUUACGACGAGAGUUUGUCAGGAUCUAAGCGCCUUGGACAUUUCUGUGGAAACGCCUUGUCAAAUUAUAUUGAGUCAAGUACAAACACCUUGCGCGUUGUUUUUAGAACAGAUGGCUCCGUGACAUCGAGAGGAUUUCAAGCCGAUUUCGGCACAUUAUACAGACCAUCUACCUAUCAACCCAUCUGCAUACCAACAACUCUGAAUGGAAUCUCGGGUUACUUUUCAAGUCCAAACUACCCAAACUACUAUAGUGCCGACACUUUGUAUUGCUGGAUCAUAUACGGGACACGUAUAUCAUUAAGAUUUCUUGCCUUUGAUCUGGAAAGUUCAACCAACUGUGCAUCAGAUUCAGUACAAAUAUUUGACGGCCCGACUUCACAGUCUCCGUCCCUUGGGAUACACUGUGGCACUUUUAUCCCGGCAUCCAAAGUAGCUAAGAGCGGACAACUCUAUGUUGUUUUUAAAACUAACAGUUUAGUAAAUGGUAGAGGCUUCAAUGCAUACUUCGAGAAAAAUGCAUCAUGUGGUGGCAAACUAACGGAUUUAAGUGGAACAAUCACAAGUCCUGGCUACCCUUAUUCCUAUAGCCAUAGUUUGACCUGUGCCUGGAGUGUUGAAGGAACGCCAACCCAAAAAAUAACACUACGAGUGGCGGAUCUUGCGCUAGAGACCGCCCAGAACUGCGUGUAUGACUUCCUAGACGUCUACGACGGUACCAGCAUCAGCGCUCCCAGAAUCCUCCACGUAUGUAACAGUACAACCACUAUAACAGUGACAACGAGAAGCAACAUGUACAUAAUGUUCAAGUCUGACGAGUCAGUCUCCAGCAGAGGAUUCUCAGCUAAUUACGAAAUAACAAAUGACUGUCCGGCAUGGGCCUAUGGAUUAGGGUUAGGCUGCUCUCUCUGUUCCUGUCUACGAAACACGUCUGCUUCUUGCAACGCCCAAACUGGUCUGUGCACGUGUCUUAGUGGCUGGACCGGAACUGACUGCUCCCAGAGAGUUGAUCCUUGCCUGUCCGAUCCUUGUCCUUCAAACAUGACCUGCUUAACAAAGGGCGACAGCUACACGUGCAUAGCGGGAGUAAACAAAGGCUGUAAUGUGACCAUCACUGCCACCAACGGUACAAUAGCAAGUCCUUAUUAUCCUAGAAGCUCAGCUUAUAACAACCGGACGUCUUGUUCAUGGACAAUUAAUGGUCCGGUUAAUACAAUCAUUACUCUGAACUUUCUGGAUCUAAGUCUAUCAAACAAUUACAGAUGUAACUCUGAAUCUGUUCGAGUCUAUGAUGGGUCAUUAACAACAUCACGUCUUUUGGGCCAGUACUGCAAUAAUAUAGUUCCUAACUUUUUGUUGUCAUCUUCUAACUCUAUCAAAGUGACCUUUACACCCUACAUCUAUUACUCUAGCAAAGGUUUCCUUGCUUCAUUUAUGGUCCAUCGCUGUUCCAGUUUUACUUAUGGCAGCGGAUGUUCUCAAACUUGCAACUGUGUCCAGUCCAACACUGACGACUGUGACAGAACUACUGGCGUCUGCUUCUGCAAGUCUGGAUGGACAGGCUCAAGAUGUGCAGACGAUAUAAACGAGUGUAUGGCUAGAAAUUCAGUUUGUCCAGCUAAUUCUGAUUGUACGAACACAGCAGGCAGCUAUGCCUGUACAUGUCGACGUGGUUAUAUCCGCGAUACUCUUGGUCAAUGUCUAGUUCUAAACAACUGUGUAAGAAACUCGGCCCUGUGUUCCCACUCAUGUUACAUUAACACUGCAGGAAAAGAGGAAUGUGUUUGUCCAGACAAUUUGAUCCUUGGAUUGGAUAAAUUUAAAUGUAUUGUACCAUUCUAUAGCUAUGGCCAAUCUGCUGGAGACACUUUUAUUAAUCCUGCUAAUAAAACUUCAAACGGAGUAUACUUCAGUACAGUCAGGUUUAGUGAUGUAACUCCGUUUGGCAACAUAUUACGAAAAGACGUAUAUGUUUUCAGUAAUGGAGUCAUCCGUUUCUCAACAUCCGAACUGUCCAGAGAACCAGAUUUCAAUCUAGCUCUCUCCCAGAACAACUAUAUCAUUGCUCCUUUCUGGUCAAAAAUGGACGCCACUAAAGGAUCUGUCUACUACAAUGUCUACGAGAAAUGUGAGGAGGCUACUUUUAAAAACCCAGGCAGCAUCUCUUCGUCCACCUCUAAGGCUGUGGUCAUGGAGAGAGCCGCUAAGGACAUCAAAUCAUUUUACAACGUGACAGAUUUUGACGUGAAUAGAGUUUUAGUCACAACUUGGUUGAAUGUACAGCCUGAAUCUACGAUGCCUUAUUUAGAAACGACCAGCUUUCAGUUAGUAUACAUCAGUGGCUACAGGCAAGUUCGAGUUGGUUACACUGACCAGUUCACUGACGAAGAAUCUGCGUUUGUAAUAUUUAUUUACCAACAAGAUAAGAUGAAGUGGCAACAUAAAGAAGGACGGGUAAUCAAAGCUGGUUUUGUAAGACCUGGGUCUGGUAUCACUGACAUUGCAGCUUCUGCUGAUCGGAUCUAUACUCUUGAUGACGUCAAUGGAACAGGAACUGGUUUGGUUGGAGCGUGGACUUACGAGGUCUCCAGGCAGACCAGUUCCACUCAGAAAUGUCAGAGAUACAUGUGCACUAACAAAGAACUUCUGUCAAACGCCAAAUACAUAUCAGACAUCGACCAACUCUACAAGUGUCCUUGUACUUUAAAUCUGCUGGACAGAAGGUGGUGGGUGUAUCAGAUUCGUGGAAACGUCACGUGCUACGCUCUCAGUUUCAACGUUAAGUCUAGACUUUUACAAGGCAACCCGCGAAACAGACUUUGUUGCUACCAAUGGAAUUAUUAUCAGUGGUACACAAGCCAAACUCAGUACAAUGAGGCUCGCAGAAGGGCAUCAAAUAUUCAUAGCUCGCCGGAAGCUGGUCAUAUACUUGUAAGUGACCCGUGGUCAUGGUCUAGUUCCAGCUACAAUGCCGUACAAGACAAUGUCCAGGCUAACAGGUGGUGCUGUAAAGAAAGUUCUGGAAUGUGUGAAAGAUUUAACGCUGUCUUCCCGGACAUGGAGUGUACCAACAUAAUCCCUUAUAUACCCUCACACAUUCUGGGAGAUCCUCAUUUCAUUACUCUGGACGACUUGAACUACACGAUGAACGGCUGGGGAGAGUACACGCUCAUGGACAUCCCCAGCAGAAGGUUUCUUCUACAGGGUAGAACUGAAAAAGCCGAGACUAGCAAUGGCACGAAGAUUAAUGCAACAGUUUUUUCUGCAUUUGCUGCCAAGGAGGGAGACAAUCCAGCAUUCCAAGUCAAGUUAUCCUCGAACAAAUCAUCAAUGAUAAUAAGGGCCAACAAUACUGACAUUACCAGCGACUUUUAUAGACUGUCUAACUACACUCUGGUCACAGAGAACGUAGGAAUACGUCGUGAGGACAUUUUGAACAAGACCUAUGUCGUUGCCUCAUUCCCUGCAGGUGUAACAAUCAUAGUUCAGGUUGGAGUAAGAGCUCUAGAAAUAGACCUAGAGGUGGACAAAUCUCUCAUGUAUCUGACCACAGGUCUCCUGGGCAACUUCAAUGGAAUACCUGAGGAUGACUUCGAGCUACCAAACGGAACAGUGCUACCAAGUAAUAUAAGUGAAAAAGUGAUUUUGGAACAGUUUGCUUCCUGGUAUAAAGUAACUCCAAACAACUCUGUGUUUAUCUAUGAUGCUGGUCAAACUACAAACGACUAUCAACAUCCCGAGUUUGUUCCUGUCUUCAGUGACACUCUAAGCCAAGCUCAAGUCAAUGAGGCUGUAACACUGUGUGGAGCCAAUAACAGAGAGUGCAUUUAUGACUAUUUUGUCACCAGGGAUGCUGCUGUUGCUGUAUCUACAAAAGUUAAGAAAGAAGCAACUGUCAUGCUAAAAAAUGAAUUAUCCAACUCGCCGCCAAUCUUAGUGAUUUCCAACCAGACUAAACUAACCAACAACAGAUGGACUGUUCAAGAAAAUGCGGUGAAUGUUUUGCAGUUGUCAACUACAGAUGCUGACUUGGAUAAUGUUACUAUAAUAAAUUUAUCCAACAGUACAGCAAUCUCCUUGUCUAACGGAAGUGUACGAUUUGUACCAAUAAAAAAUGACACCAUUAGACUCAGUUUCCAGGCCAGAGAUUCUAAGGGAGCUUACUCUGCAGUACUAAACAUACCAGUUACACUAUGCCCGUCGUGUAGUGGGCGUGGCGUGUGUGAUUUGAACUCUAGCUCUCUGGUUGAAUAUCUAGACGGCAUGUAUCGGGUACAGAGAUGCAUUUGCCAGCCGGCGUACACAGGUUCCUACUGUGAGUCAGAGUUAGACGGAUGCUCAUCUCAGCCAUGUUCCAGGGGACAGACCUGCACUGAUCUAACAGCUGCACAGCAAGGAAAUGCAACAGAGGGCUACAUUUGUGGGCCUUGUCCGACUGGCUUCAACAAUGUUAACAAACAAUGCAUAGAUAUCAAUGAAUGUUUGAAUACAAGUCUGUGUGAUCAAGUCUGCAUUAAUACUGAAGGAUCUUACAAAUGUCAAUGCGAUGAAGGCUUUACUCUUAGUCCCAUAGACUUAAGGACAUGCUCGGGUCAACAGUGCAACAGAACUUUGACAGCUACAAGUGGUACAAUAAUGUCCCCUAACUUUCCGCAAAAUUAUCCUGACAACAGUUACUGCACUUUGACUAUUUUAAGUAACCAAAUUGGCGCAGUGGUAAAAAUCAACAUUACUGAGUAUGAUGUUGAAGGUUGCCCAUACGACUUUUUGAACAUAUAUGAUGGAAAUAACUCAAAUGCAAGUCCUUUGGGGCCUUUCUGUACAGCAGCACCAGGUUCAAUAACAUCAUCUGGAGGUGCCAUGCACCUUGUGUUUGUUUCUGAUGGAUCGGAAACAAGAAAAGGAUUCAGAGGAACUUAUACUAUUGAGAAUAAAUGUCGAGUCCAGAGCUGCUCUCACUCUUGUGAAGUUAUUUCCACCAGUCCCAGAGUUGAGCAAUGUGUCUGUCCAGAGUGGUCUAGACUUGACCCCAACAAUAGUAGCAGAUGUCUGGAAAUUAAUGCUUGUAACACAACAGUUACAAACACUUCCGGAUACAUUGUGAGCCCUGGAUACCCAAAUUUCUAUCCAACAAAUAUAACUUGUUACUGGAUAAUAAAUUCUGCAACUGGUGCACAAGUUACAUUCAGAGUAACUGACAUCAACAUUGAGACAAGCAUUAGUUGUACCUAUGACUACGUCAGAGUCUUGGAUGGUAACACUAGUGGCUCUAGAAGUAUUGGACAGUAUUGCGGUAACAACCCACCUUUAGAUCUUAUAUCUAGCGGUCAGUCCUUGUAUGUCCAGUUCAGAUCUGAUGGCUCUGUCACUGGCAGAGGAUUUAAAGCAGAGUUUUCAAUAUCAUAUCGCACCAUUCCUAGUUUCCUACAUUUAGUAUAGAGGAAAAGCGGAUAUACAUUGCUAAAUGACAGUAGUAAAUUAUUCAUCUCAUAAUGUAAUGUUAUCCAUUGUAUACAUACACCUUUUGUAACCUUUUUAAAAAUGCUAAAUAUUUUGUAACAAUAUAUUCAUUCAUCUCUCAAUUUUGUAUUGUUACAAAUAUGUUUUUUUGCUCUCAUUAUUCUCCUUUGUAGAACUGUAACAUAUAGACAUUUCGUAACAAUUUAUUACAGAUGUGAUCUGCAUCAUCAAUGGGAACAUUACAUUUAUGUCUACUGUUUAAGAGUUUUGUAAUCAAUAUGAUAAAUAUGUAAACAUUGUUUAUAUUCUAAUAAUCAACCUAUGAAUAUUUUUGUUUCCUUUACUAUACCCAUUUCACACACAGAGAAUGAAUUAGUACCCUUACGAACAGAUAAUUUUAUUUAGUUUUUACUAUACUGUAAUUAAAAUAAUUAUAUUUUAUUGUACCUAUGAUACAUUUUAUAAUUGAUUGAAAAAAGUAAACAUUGCCUUGUUUUCAUUUUCGUUUGAUUUAUAUUAACUUACUAAUCAU